AGAUACUCAGACAGGGAGGGAGGGAGGAACAGACUCACCACGGAGAUAGAGAGAGAGAGAAAGAGAGAGAGAGAGAAAGAGAGAGAGGGAGGGAGGCAAACAGAGAGAGAGCGAGUGCGAGACGGAGAGACACGGCCAUCCAGUGCUUCACCGCGGCCGUGGCAGGCAUGGCGUCGGAGGCCGGCACCCAGACCAGGGUGAUGUUCCAGACCAAAGAGGAAGAGCCCCCUCACCGUAAACUGGGAAAGCUGACGGUCAAAUACAACCGCAAGGACCUGCAGCGCAGGCUGGACAUUGAGGAGUGGAUUGACGGCCAGCUGCACCUGCUGUUCGACUGUGAGGAAGAGGAGAUUCCUGAACUGGAAAUCGACAUUGAUGAGCUCCUCGAGCUUCCUGAUGCAGAGCAGAGAUCACGGCUACAGGACUUACUACAGGAAUGUGGCAAGCCAAAAGAGGACUUCAUCAACGGCCUGCUUUACCGAAUGAAGGGCCUCCGCAAGAUGUCUGGACCCUUGAAGAAAUGAGGAUUAGGUCAAUAUCCAAAUGUAGUUUAUGUAAACACCCCCAGCUCCCUUGCUCUUUUCCUCGCUCAACACACACACACACACACACACACACACACACACACACACACACACACACACACACACACACACACACACACACACACACACACACACACACACACACACACACACACACACACACACAGUAACCUGUAUCUAGAAACCCUGUAAUGUGGAACAUAAAAAGUACAUGUCCCUCUUCCCUAUGCUCUGUGGGUCAAUAAUGGUCUCUGCUAACGACAGAUUCCAGGAAUGGUUUUAUUAUUUAAGGACAUGUUGAACAGAAUCACCUCUCUCUGGCAGACGUCAGUAUCAUUGGGAAUGGGAAAUGUCUAUUAUUCUAAAUGUAUGAUUUUUUUUCAGUGACCUGUGAAUGACGACAAAAUUUUGGUUGCCUAUUUAUAUAUUUUUUUGUUCUGACCAGUGUUGUAUGUCAAUAUAAUAACAAUAAAAAAGAAACAUUUUCAGGAUGUAGAUGUUUAA